AUGGCGGCGGGGCCGGAGCUGUGCCCGCACUGCCAGCGGCCCUUCAAGCGGCUCCGCGCGCACCUCCCGCACUGCAGGGCAGCACCGCCACCGACACCGGAACCGGGACCAGCUUCAGCCGCCCGCCCGCCCCCCGCACCGCCAUCGGCCAAGGGAAGGAGCCGCCAGCCCAGACCCGCCACCGGCAGCGCCUCCCGCGCCGUGCGGGACGUGGCCCGGAGCCUGGAUCUGCACCCCGAGGAGGUGCGGGACGUGCCCGGGAAGCUGCAGAAGGGGGUGAAGGUGGUGAUCCACAAGAACCGCGCCAGGGUGCUCCGGGAGAAGGAGCCGCGGGGCAGGGCAGGAGCAGCGGGGAGCAGCGGGGAAGGGACGGAGCCCGGCCCCGCUCCUCACCCGCAGCGCCGCAAAACCGCCCAAAAAUCCAAGAGCAAGGAGACUCCGAGCCAGGGAGCCGUGGGGAGCGGGAGCUCCAAGGGACAGAAAAGCGGUUUAAAGGCAACAAAGGCACCUGCAGAGCCCCCCGAGAGCAGAAAUGGCCUCGGUGACCUGGGCCAGCGGGGGGGAAGAGACAAAUCCACGGCGGGAGAGGAGCGGGGGCACCUGGAAGUUGGGGUGGGAUCUGAACCCCCCGUGUCUGCUUCGCAUCCCAGGAACCUCCUCCGUCUGUCACUGACAGAGGCUUUGGGAGGUCACGGCCAGGGAACAUCCAGAAAUGAGCUCAGCAGCCUGCAGAGGCCGCGGGACAGCGGGGAGCAGCUGCAGGGAGCCUCCCAGCCCAUCGUGAACCUGGGCACAGCCCCGGAGCUGGCUCUGCUCCACACCCCCAAAAUCCAGCCCCGCCGUUCAGCCCGGGCCUCUGGCUUGGAGUGGUUUCCAGAGCUGUAUCCUGAUUAUGAAGGGCUGAGGAUUUUGCCAGGGAAGCGUUUCCACGAGGAUGUGAGGAUCGCUGCUGAGGCACCCCAGGGUGCUUUCACACAGGGCCAGCAAGGUCCCCUCUGGGAGAGACCCCUGAUGGAGGUGAGGCUGGGGGAGCUACACACCUGGAUCAGCACCUGCAACUUGUCUCCCCAGGGGCUGCUGGGAGCAGUGCAGAGAGCCUGGAGAAGUUACUGUGCCAAAUACAUCCACGUGAGGCAGGGGGGACCUGCUGGAAUCUCCAUGCUCCUGGCUGGGUACUGCCUGCUCAGCUAUGGCUGGAACUAUCAGCACCUCAAGCAGCACCGCUGGCGAAAAUAUCACUGAAGGAGCUGGAG